UAGGGGGCGCGUCCCGUUGCCAUGAGCGCAGAGCCGCGAGAGAUUCCGGGUGAAGGUUGACAUGACUAAAAAGAUGUCUGCUCCCUCAGAGCUGUACUGCUGGAAAGGAGAACGGGGUUUACCGUCAGUGGACCCCGACUGCCUCACCGUGCUGGCUUACGCCAAGUUCGCUGGUGCCCCCCUCAAAGUGCACAAGAUUGCUAACCCCUGGAGAAGCCCCACAGGUAGUUUGCCGGCUCUGAAAACUAGUGAAGAUGGCAGUUUAUCGCAGCCUCACAAAAUCAUCAUCCACCUCCGAAAACAGAAAUACAAUGCAGACUACGACCUGUCGGCUAAAGAGGGUGCCGAUACCCUGGCAUUCAUCUCUCUGCUGGAGGAGAAGCUGUUGCCUGCACUGAUCUACGCCUUUUGGGUGGAUUCCAAAAACUAUGUGGAGGUGACUCGGAGAUGGUACGCGGAGAACAUCCCCUUCCCUCUCAACUUUUACCUUCCCACCCGCAUGCACAGCCAUGCCCUGGACCGGCUGAGACUCGUCCGGGGAGACAGCGGCCUGGAGCCUGGGGACGAGGCUGAGAAAGAGCUUUACCGGGACGCAUAUGAGUGCAUGACCCUGCUGUCUCAACGACUAGGAACUCAGAAAUUCUUCUUUGGAGAUUUCCCUUCCUCGUUGGAUGCCUAUGUAUUUGGUCAGCUGGCCCCUCUCCUGAAGGUCAAACUGCCCAACUGUAAACUGCAACAGCACCUCAAGUCUCUGGACAACCUGUGCCACUACUGCAGCCACAUCCUGGACCUCUACUUCCAAAACGAAGCCAGUGAUGGCCCAGCCAGAAAGGCCCCCACUCCACGAGAGGACGGCUCAGAUUUCGACAACGAGCCGCACAAGCGCCGCAACCAGUUCCUAUCUGUACUGGUGGCACUGGGAGCCAUGGUGGGCUAUGCAUUCCUAACAGGGAUUGUGUCUAUACAGAGAAGCGAUCCUCACAAUGCACUGCAUGGGAGGAGAGCUCCGCAGCUGGCAGGAGAUGAAGUCGACGAUGAGGAUGGAGAGUAGAGCCCUGCUAGGGGGCCACUAGGGAUGGAUAACAUAAAAUCCAGUAUUCCAAGCUCAAACUUAACUGCAGGAUUUGAGAGUUCUGGAUAAAUAAAUGUAUAUUCAGAAUAUAUUUUGCUAAGGAGUGCUUACUAAGUUUUCCAAAUCCAUUUUCUUAUCUCUUAUUAACCCCUGCAUUGACUGGGAUAUAGUGGAGGCGGUCUUUCGUACGUCACCCUUUAUAUUUUUCCAUAUGUCUGGAAAGCCAUUUUUCCAAACUUGUUAACAUUAUUUUGCAGAAUGUAUGUGCAGUAUCAGGUUGUGGGGGUAUCUCUGUCUGUACAUAGACAUGUCAGUCUUUAAUGUUCUGUACAUAUUGUUGAUAUACGUGUGUCACACUUAAAACUACUUUUGAAUUUACAGCUCUGGCAAGGGAUCGAUGUUUCUGACAGCAGUAGAAUUAUUAUUAUUAUUAUUAUUAUUAUUAUUAUUAUUAUUAUUAUUAUUAUUAUUAUUAGUAAUAGCAAUAGUAUUUUUGUUUUGUUUUUCUUUUAAGUACAAUGCUAUAGCUGACCCCAUCCUAUGCUGUGUGGUUUAUUUGCAGCUGGCAAAAACUGCAACUCAGGAAGCAACAAUUAAUCUGUAGUGCUGUAUUUAAAACAUAUUUUGCAUUAUACUAAAAUAAGAAAGAUCUUCAGCUGAAGAAAAAGGGGAGCCUGUAAUAUUGCUGCCAGUGCUAAUAAAGGGAAUACAAUGGA